AACCGCAAGUGCUACGGGUGUAUCCGUACUGAAGACAGCUGAAAGCCAGAAGGUACAGACACAGAGCAGAGCAGAGCAGAGCAGGGCGCUGUACGUCGCGCGCGGAAGCAACGCAAGAGACCGGAUUCCAUCCUUGGAUCCGCCAGUAACCCCGCCUUACCACUCUUGGCAACGUCGAUCCUUGGCUUGCUCCGGCCGAGCAAGCAACGCGGCCGAUGGAGUAAGUAACCGCGGAUACUUGCCGCCUCCGUGCUCCCUCCAUGGCACUUGCCGCCGUGCCGCCAUGCCCUGCACCUCAAGCAAAGUGGCGCCCCGGCCCUCCUCUAAUGCCCCGCCCACUACCGGCCACAGCCUCCUCCUCCUCCAGUCGCCACCUAAGCUGCCUGCCACCUGCUCCCCGCCUCGCCGGAAGAUCAUGGCGGUGAUUCCGCGCGGCCGGCCGGACUCCAGCCUCGGCCACCGCCGGCCGGUCCUCCUGCUCCUCCUCUUCUUCUGCCUCCUCGCCUUCUUCCCCCGCCGCGUCGCGGCUUUUCACUCGUUCGUGGGGACGUACGGGGUGAACUACGGCCGGAUCGCGGACAACCUGCCGCCGCCGACGGAGGUGGUGAAGCUGCUCCAGAUGGCGCGGAUCAAGAACGUCCGCAUCUUCGACUCGGACCACACCGUGCUGGACGCGUUCCGCAACUCCGGGCUCAACCUCGCCAUCGCCAUCCCCAACGGCCUCGUCAAGGACAUCUCCGCCACCCCGAGCAAGGCCAUGGACUGGGUGAACGAGAACGUGCGGCCCUACUACCCGGCCACCCGCAUCGUGGCCAUCAUCGUGGGCAACGAGAUCCUGGGCGGGCAGGACACGGGGCUCGCCGAGGCGCUCUUCGGCGCCGUCGUCAACAUCCACGACGCGCUCCGCGCGAUGCGCCUGUCCGGCAGGAUCGAGGUGAACACGCCGCACUCGGAGGCGGUGUUCGGCACCUCGUACCCGCCCUCUGCCGGCACGUUCCGCCCGGACCUCAUGCCGUACCUCAAGCCGCUCCUCGACUUCUUCUCCAAGACGGGCGCGCCCUUCUACGUGAACGCGUACCCGUUCCUGGCCUACAUGAGCGACCCGGAGCACAUCGACGUGAACUACGCGCUGAUGAAGCCCAACGCCGGCAUCCUGGACCAGAAGACCAACCUCCACUACGACAACAUGUUCGAGGCGCAGAUCGACGCCACCUACGCCGCGCUGGAGGCCGCCGGGUACAGCGACAUGGAGGUGCGCGUGUCGGAGACCGGGUGGGCGUCCGCCGGCGACGCCACGGAGCCCGGCGCCACCCUGGAGAACGCCCGGACCUACAACUUCAACCUGAGGAAGCGGCUGUUCCUGAGGAAGGGGACGCCCUACAGGCCCAAGAGGGUGGUCAAGGCCUUCAUCUUCGCGCUCUUCAACGAGGACCUCAAGACCGGACCGGGCAGCGAGCGCCACUUCGGGCUGUUCAAGCCCGACGGCAGCGUCUCCCUCGACCUCGGCUUCAAGGGCCUCACGUCGUCCUCCUCCUCCAUCAAGGGAUGGAAGAUCCUGCGCUACUCGGCGACGCUCCUGUCAUCUACAUUCAUUUUCCUAGCAUUGUCCACCUGAUUGAUCGCUGACAAACAUUGACUGCAGGCAGAUUAGCAAGCCUGCGUUUACUUAGAAGACCACAACUCGCCCGCAUUCUGUAAAUUCCACCACGAUUUAAAGGAGUGAUCCUCUCAUGUACAUCAAGUCUUCUGUCCUUCAAUCUUCGUAUACUGUAAAUAAUUAAGAUGCAUUUCUGAA